AUGAAAAAAGUAUCAAAUAAAAGUACACCAGUGCCUGUGUAUACAUCAAGUCAUGAAGAAUCAGAAAAUGAUAGUGAUGAGACAGAAUGUAGUAUUGGUAGUAAUUCAACAGCUGGAACUCAUAGAAGUGAUACACCAACAACAAUAACAACACGUGUACGUAGAAAGGGACGUCGUAGAAGUAAAACAGCAAGUAAACAUAAAAUAAAUAAUGAUAAACCACUUUAUAAAUAUUGUUGUAAUAUAAAAGAAGAUCAUGGACAGCCAUUAUUUGGUGUACAAUUUAAUCAUCAUUUAAAAGAAGGUGAACCAAUGAUAUUUGCAUCUGUUGGAAGUAACAGAGUUAGUAUUUAUGAAUGUCCAGAAGGUAGUAAUAUACGUUUACGUCAAUGUUAUGCUGAUCCAGAUACUGAAGAAAAUUUUUAUACUUGUGCUUGGACAUAUGAAGAUUCUGGUAAACCAUUACUUGCUGUUGCUGGUUCAAGAGGUGUUAUAAGAGUAUUGAGUCCAGUUACAAUGACAUGUAUCAAACAUUAUAUUGGUCAUGGACAUGCUAUUAAUGAAUUAAAAAUACAUCCAAAAGAUCCAAAUAUACUUUUAUCAGCAUCAAAAGAUCAUGCAUUAAGACUAUGGAAUAUUAAAUCAGAUGUUUGUAUUGCAAUAUUUGGUGGUGUUGAAGGACAUCGUGAUGAAGUAUUAUCUGCUGAUUUUGAUAUGAAAGGAGAAAGAAUAAUAUCAUGUGGUAUGGAUCAUGCAUUAAAAUUAUGGUCACUUGAUAAAACAGAUAUGCAAGAUGCAAUACGACAAUCAUAUUUUUUUAAUCCAACAAGAAAUGGACGUCCAUUUGAUUCAAUAUUACAACAUUUUCCUGAUUUUACAACAAGAGAUGUACAUAGAAAUUAUGUUGAUUGUGUUAAAUGGUAUGGUGAUUUUAUAUUAAGUAAAUCAUGUGAAAAUUGUAUUGUUUGUUGGAAACCAGGUAGACUUGAAGAUACACGUUUAAGAAAUAAUGAAACAAGUGCAACUGUAUUACAUCGUUUUGAAUUUAAAGAAUGUGAUAUAUGGUUUAUUAGAUUUUCAAUGGAUUUUUGGCAAAAAACAAUUGCACUUGGUAAUCAAGUUGGUAGAACAUAUGUAUGGGAUUUAGAAGUUGAAGAACCAGGACAAGCAAGAUGUUCAUCAUUACAACAUCCAAAAUGUACAGCACCAAUAAGACAAACAAGUUUAAGUCGUGAUGGUUCUGUUUUAUUAUGUGUAUGUGAUGAUGCUACUAUUUGGCGAUGGAAUCGUAAUAAUUAAUCAUCAUCAUCGUCAUUUUUCUUUUUUUUAAAUAAUAAUCAUAUUCAAAAAUAAAAAAUUGUAUGGAGUGAUUUAAAGCUUGAAGAUACACAAGUUAUUUAUAGCUACUUAACAAGUACAUCAAUAACACUUACUGCUCAUGUUUAAUUGUUGAUAGUAAUACAAGCAUUAUUAUUAAAUAUUUUAAUA